AUGCGGUUUGGAGGUUGGGGCACUGGAAAGUGGUGGUACAAGUCGAUUCUAUUGCUGCAAUUCGACUGA